AAAAACAACAACACAAGUUAACAGCAUUGAAUAGAAGACAGGUCCAGAAUGGACAGCAGCACCAAGGACAAAAGUGAAAGGUCUUCUUGCUAUGGAAAUCAUCUACAUGUACCUACCACUGACUUUACUGACCUGCUCAGAUUCCUGUAUGAAUAUCAAUGGCUCUACGAUUUCAAAGUGACAGAAAUCUUCACAAGCUGUAUUUGGAAGAAAAUUCCUCCAGAGUGGAUGACAACAUUUGUAAGCCUUUCUCAGGAGGAGUUAAGAGCAAUGCCAGAUGGUCAAUAUCAGGAAUCAUGGCCUGAGUCAUUGAAAUUCUUCAUCAAAACCAGUCAGAAGUAUUCUUUGAGUCGCGAUAUGAACCAGCAGCGCUUUAAAAUAAAUAAAACAUGUAAACAAGGACAAGAUUGUGAAUGUUCCCCUUACAAACAUGUUCCCCCAGUUCAUAACACCACAAGGUUUCCUUCUCUGCAAAAAGAACACCGGUUUACGCCCUUAAGUGACAGUACACAAUGUUCUGUCAUGCCUGGUAGUGCACAUUUUACACCAACAGUUGUCCAAGAACAGUUGUCUACCCUGAAGACAUUGUCUCAUCUGGAUGACAAGGCACAGUUAUCUCCCCUACAUGUCUCACAACAGUUGCCUUCCUUGGAUAUCACUCAACAGAUGUCUUACUUAAAUGUCAGUGCAGAUUUGUUUCCCCUGGAGUUUGUCACACAUUUCUCUCCCUUGGACCCCAGUGACAUUGACCCAUCCAUUAGGAGAGGAAUGUCUGCCAAGAAGCUUCAUGAAGUAUGUAACAUGAGCAGCCUGGUUGCUAGGAUAGCAGAACUGGCAGGAAGUGAUGUCAUAGUGGAUAUUGGAGCUGGAUUGGGUUACCUAGGCCAGGUGUUACACCACAACUAUGGACUACCAGUACUUGGGGUUGAAGGUCAGGGGAACCAUACAGCAGGGGCUGAAAUAAGGGCCACCCAUACAGAUUCCUGUCCAUUUCUACACAAUACUACAUGCAGGAUAACUCGGGAUGAACAGUCACUCAAAGAGUUGUCUUCCUUGGUGUCCGACUGGUUCACAAAUCUGCCUUCCCUGGCAUGUACACAUAUGACUGGUUUGCAGUGUGGCAGAAAUCAAAUGGAACGUCCAGAUGAUAAGCAUUCAGUUAGGCGCGAUGAAGAAAGGAAUAUUGUUGAGUGCCCUAUAACAAGUUCUAAAAAGCGUUCAGUUAAUAGCUGUUAUAAUGCAAGCACAAAAACUGCUGGGACAUAUGAAACACUUUUUGAUAGAACAAAUCAGCUCACUCAAAAUACAAAUCAAAGAUGUAUGGCAGCUUUCAACACAGACAUGGCAGCUUUCAACACAGACAUGGCAGCUUUCAACACGGACUGUAAGCUGGGACAGAAGAGUUCAAAUUACAUAUCAGAGGCAAAAAUAAAGUUAACAGAAAAUCCUGGUGAAAAUUGUGAACAUAAACAUUUUAAUUGCAAUGAAAAAUGUGAAAAACCAAACAGUAAUACUUUUGAGAGUUAUAAUAAUCGAUCAUAUGAUUGCUGCAACCAUGGUAAAAGUCAAAUAGAGGGCAGCAGUUUCUGUCAUCACAGUAACAGGCAGCUUAGAGUUUGCAUGAUCGGGUUACAUUGCUGUGGGGAUCUCACGCCGACCAUUCUGCGAUAUUUUGUGAGGACUGACUGGAUUACUUCCCUUUGUUGUGUGAGCUGCUGCUACCAUAGGAUGGAAUACUCUGAAGCAGAUAAGUGCAUCUCUAACUUUCCUAUGAGCGAUACCCUAGGCAGACAACUCCGGGCAUUCCAACAAAAUCAUCCAGAGUUUAGAUUGUCUCCCUUUGCAAUGAGACUGGCUGCACAGGAAACAAGGUCUAGAUGGCAACAUCAGAGUUCGGAAGAUCAUAAUGUCCACACCAGGAACGUGGCAUACAGAGCUAUACUGGAGACCUGCUUACAAACAGGAGACUACAGUUUAUCCAAGACAACCCGGAAGUUGGUACCACGUUCAAGCUACGAGUGCAUUGAAAGUUACUCAACAUCUGUUUUUAAACACAUUGUGUUACCACAGUCAGUGUCCCUUCAGGAUGAUGCACAGAAGUUCAAGGAAACAAUGGUUACACUCCAUGACAACUUUAUGCAGUACUUCUGUCUGAUUGAACCUAUCACGGCGCUACAGUUUCUACUACAACCUGUGCUGGAAUCCCUGGUCUACGUCGACAGGCAGAUCUGCUUGGCUGAGAACGGUUGCCAUGGAAACAUAGUUAUCGUGUUUGACGAGUUCAUUUCGCCGAGGAACAUUGCUCUCAUUGCUAUAAAACCAGAUGGACACUAAACAAAAACCUCUUAGAUACUAGUAUAUUGAUUGCAUCGACAUAAUAUUAUGGUGUAGACUUGUUGGUCUGACACUUGUCUUCAAAUAAACAAUAAUUGCAACCUUAA